ACAACUUCUCUUGUCGUCCAUCUCAGACCACCUUACUUCAGUCCAAACACACACACACACACCCACACACACACACACACACACACACACACACACACACACACACAACUCUCAACAAUGGACACCGAUGAUCUGUCUGUCGCCGCCAGCAGCACGGCGGAAAUCCCGGAAACCAACAGAAAAGUCCCAAUGCUAUCAGAUAGCAGCAGACGACUCUACUGGACGCUCAACGGUCCUCUCGAGAACUCAAUCCAGGUCGCCCCCAACCGUUACUACGAGCCAGGUGACGUUAUGGAACCCUACUUUCGCCCUGGUGACGCAGUGGCUGGUAUCUCGCCGAGCUGGCACCCUGUUUCACAAGAGUCUCUCAUGGAACCCCCGGUCACCGCCAUCACCGUCCGAAUCGAGUGCAUGGACGCGUUGGAGGAUGUUUGGGUCGAGCUUAAUCGCGACUACACCGACAUCAACACUGACCCCCAGCAACCGCGGGCUAAAGACGUCCAGCUUGAGGUGACAACUAGUGGCGAGUUUCUCACGAUCCACGAUUACGUCUCCGCCGUGCACCCGUGGCUUAUAGGCCUACGUGAGAGGAUUAUAGAUACGCUGCACAGGUACGGCGUUAAUGGACCGUGGCGGCCCGAGGCGAAGCUUCUCGUUCGGCAAUUCGGUUUUAGGCCAAUAGAUAUUGGGAGAGAAGAUAUGGAUUGGUGGGUUUUGAGGCACCAGAAGCCUAGGCCAAUAUCUGAAUUAUCUGCAUUCCCCCUGAGUAUGGCCGAGCGUGAGGCGGCUCAUCUGCGAACUAUAGAGAGGAUGAAGGCGAGAUCCGCGGCACGAAUCCUCGAGUUACAGAGGCUCCGCCAAGAAGGAAAUAAUUGAUACACGCCAGUUUUCGCGAUCUAUGUAUCACGGUACUAGUUCAUUUCUCCUACUUUUCCUAUUUCCCUACAUUAAUGAGGACAAAUGAUGUUCAGAGUUUUUUGGUCAUCUAUUGCAACCGCUUUAUUGACGACUUUCACCAUUAGUUUUGCUUUGAUUUUUGCCUCAGCUCUUGUCACCAUUAGGGAAUUAAGUUAUGAAUCGC